AUGGUGACCGAAAUCCGCGAUGCCUACGUGAGGGCCCUGCAGCACUCAAGCUGGCUCAGCACCGACUUUCGACAAGCUGCUAUAAAGAAAGUCAGAGACAUGGUGUCCUACGUGGGAAGUCCCGGCAAGCACUUAGAUCCUGAGUUCGUCGAGGCGUUUUACAAACCCUACCCGGAAGCGCCGCUUGACCUCGAAGCGCUGUUCCCGACGUGGAUAAAGGCUCUGAGUCUCUCUACUCAGUAUAUGUGGACCGACACAACAACCCCGCUCUACGACGAGACUGCUUAUGUCCCUUAUUAUACAAGUUCCAGCAACAAUAUCAUUGUACCGACAGCAUGCCUGCUUCCCCCAGCCACGUAUACGCAUGGAGUUGACGCCCUUAACUACGGUGGCCUGGGAACG